AUGGCGUCGUCUUCUAACGCAACGAUCCAAUCCUUAGGCUCUCUCAACAAAGAAUCCUUCGUUUCUCUUCUAUCGAAACUGAUCGGCGAAUCAAAGUUCGUCCAGAAUAACCCACCGGAGCUCAUCCCGCAAGAGGAUCGAAUCGUGAACCACGUCCUCGAUUCCCUCCGUCCUUACAGCACAGAAACUGGCGGUGGUCCUCUGCUGAUCAAUCAUGUGGCGUAUCACUCCGGAAGAGGGAAUCUCAUCGUCGAGUACCCAGGGACAGUCCCCGGAAAGAUCUUGUCUUUCGUCGGAAUGCAUAUGGACGUCGUCACCGCGAAUCCCGAUGACUGGGAGUUUGAUCCUUUCUCGUUAAGCAUCGAUGGUGAUAAGCUUCGAGGUCGUGGGACUACAGAUUGUCUAGGUCACGUUGCUCUUGUGACGGAACUCAUGAAGAGACUCGGGGAGACUAAACCGGCGUUGAGAUCAACGGUGGUGGCGGUUUUCAUCGCCAGCGAAGAGAACUCUUCCAUUCCAGGUGUUGGUGUGGACAUGCUGGUCAAAGACAAACUUCUUGAUAAGCUCAAAUCCGGACCUUUGUUUUGGAUUGAUACUGCCGAUAAGCAGCCUUGUAUUGGAACCGGCGGUAUGAUUCCGUGGAAGCUUCAGUUUACCGGGAAGCUUUUCCACAGCGGUUUAGCUCACAAGGCGAUUAACGCGAUGGAGUUGGGAAUGGAAGGGCUUAAGGAAAUCCAAUCACGGUUUUACAGAGACUUUCCAGCUCACCCACAAGAGAAAGUUUAUGGCUUUGCAACACCAUCCACCAUGAAGCCAACACAAUGGAGCUAUCCUGGAGGAGGAAUCAACCAAAUCCCUGGAGAAUGUACCGUUUCCGGUGAUGUCAGGUUAACUCCUUUCUAUGACGUGAAGGAAGUGAUGAGGAAGCUUCAAGAGUAUGUAGACGACAUCAACACUAACAUAGAGAAGCUCCCAACCUCCGGUCCUGUUUCGAAAUACGUCUUACCUGAUGAGAACUUAAGGGGAAGGCUCACGUUAAGCUUUGAUGAAGCAGCAGCUGGAGUUGCGUGUAAUCUUGAUUCCCGCGGCUUUCACGUUCUAUGCGAAGCAACCAAAGAAGUUGUCGGGCACGUGAAGCCUUACUCCAUCACCGGUACUUUGCCUCUAAUCCGAGACCUCCAGGAUGAAGGUUUCGAUGUGCAAACUUCAGGAUACGGUCUCAUGGCUACAUAUCAUGCAAAGAACGAGUACUGCCUUCUCACAGACAUGUGCCAAGGCUAUGAUGUCUUCGUUAGGAUCAUUUCUAAACUUGAACAAGACUAG